UCUAACUCUCUCAGAGCUCGCCAGUUUGCAGCAAAGAAGAAAGAAGAACCUUACCAUGAUCAGCUCGAAGAGGAUCGCUCAGCUGUCCAAGAAGUGGCAGAGGAUGGCGGCGCUCGGGAGGAAGCGCCUCACCUGGGGGGCGGCGGCGGCGGCGGCAACGGAGGCCGACGAGUGCUGCACCUCCAUGGCGAGCAAGGGCCACUGCGCGGUGUACACCGCCGACGGGGCGCGGUUCGAGGUGCCAUUGGCAUGCCUUGGCACGGCAGUCUUCACGGAGCUCCUGCGGAUGUCGCGGGAGGAGUUCGGCUUCGGUGACGGCGACGACGGCAGGAUCACGCUGCCCUGCGACGCCGUGGUCAUGGAGUACGCCAUGUGCUUGCUCAGGAGAGGCGCCUCUGCCGAGCUAGAGCAGGCGUUCCUGAGCACCGUGGCUAUGCCGUGCCACUACGCAAGCCGUGUGGCGCCGUGUGUGGCAGCUUGCUGUUAG